AUGGCGGCUUCCAGCUUUAUAGGUUCUUACCCCGUUGUGCUUGUGGUUUUGCCUUUACCAAGAUGGUGCAGGAGCUUCCUUUUCCGGUGUUGUGGCGGAAGUGCUGUCACAAGAAAGAUGGCGGAGAGCAGGAGCGGUCCGUACUGCCCCCAAGAGAGAGGGGAGCGGGUCUCACUAACCCCCAAUGUCGGGAUAUACUUGCUGGGGCUCCUGUCUCUUCUAAGCUCCGUGCGGGUGUCGGAGGCCACUACUCACUGGGUCGUUACGGAGGAUGGAAAGAUCCAGCAGCAGGUGGACUCCCCCAUGAACCUGAAGCACCCUCAUGAUUUAGUCAUUUUAAUGAGGCAAGAGAACACCGUUGGCUACCUCAAAGAGCUGGAGAAGCACUUGGUUGCUCAGAAGAUCCACAUUGAGGAGAAUGAGGACAGAGACACGGGCCUAGAGCAGAGGCACUACAAAGAUGACCCCGACUGUAUAAAAGCCAAAGUGCCUUUGGGAGACCUAGACUUGUACGAUGGCACGUUCAUUUCACUGGAAAGCAAGAACAUCAGCCCUGAAGAUUACGUUGAUCUGCACAGUGUGUUACCUCCCGACUUAAUGCAGCCGGACUGCACAAAGAUCAUAGAGCUUCCAUUCAGCAUUCACGCCUUUCACCAUCUCCGGGGCAUUCAAGAGAGGCUGAACCUUUCAGCUCCGCUGUUGCCUAAAGAUGACCCAAUUUUCGAUUCAAUACCCCGGCAGUUAGGAAGAACGAUUGAUGAAAUGGGUCACAGGAUACAAGAAGGCCUUCUAAAGAAUACCACAUCGUGGGUCCUAUAUAAUAUGGCUUCUUUUUAUUGGAGGAUAAAAAACGAGCCAUACCAACUUGUGGAGUGUGCCAUGCGAGCGCUUCACUUUUCUUCCAGACAGAACAAAGAUAUUGCACUGGUGAACAUGGCAAAUAUUUUGCACAGGGCGCAUUUCUCGGCAGAUGCGGCCAUUCUGGUCCACGCGGCACUUGAUGUGUCCAGCGACUUCCUCACCAGUCACUACACCCUGGGGAAUAUAUAUGCAAUGUUAGGGGAAUACAACCACUCAGUGCUGUGUUACGAUCGUUCUCUGCAAGUGAAGCCAGGGUUCGACCAUGCUAUAAAGAGAAAGCACGCCGUGCUCUGCCAGCAGAAACUGGAACAGAAACUUGAAGCCCAGCACAGGUCCCUCCAGAGAACCCUAAAUGAGCUGAAAGAGUAUCAGAAGCAGCAUGAUCAUUAUCUGAGGCAACAGGAGAUCCUGGAGAAGCACAAACUGAUUCAGGAGAAGCAAAUUUUACGCAACAUCAUCCACGAAACCCAAAUGGCCAAGGAGGCCCAGCUGGGGAACCAUCAGAUAUGUCGUAUCAACAAGCACAGCUUGCAUUGCCCGUGGGACCUUCCCGUUCGCUACCACAGAGGAGACAUCUUUGAGAACGUGGAGCAGGUCUUGUUUGGUGAUGGCACAUCAUACGCACACAUGACAUCGGGGAACCUUGAUGCGCCCGCAAACCAGAGCAUCUUACUUGAUCGUCCCCUUGUUCCACGUUCACUGCUUAAGGUGUGGGACAUGGGAGUGGAUAGUUUUGGCUUACAAGAGCCAAGCCAACUGUGGCCUCAAAAAGCAGAAUGUGCCAAGAAUUUUCCAACUAUUCCUGCACCUGAAGAUCUUCCAACAUACUACCUACCUCCUGAACAGAGAGUCCUCGGGGUCAUUCCAGUCGUAUCAAAGCUGAUAGAUACGGGAGGUGACACCCAGACUCCAGACUGCACGUCCAUAAAUGAUGUGCGUAGAAAUGAAAGCCUGAACCAACUGCUGCUAGAGCUGGAGAGCAGGAUAGACCUGAAGCAGCUGAAACCAGACCCCCAUGCCAAACAGAUUUUGCUUUCCCGAGCCAACAAUAUCAGUGUGUCUGAAGAGGAAAUUGCCACCUCCCUUUACCACUUUCUAGCAAACCCAGUGGGUCCCAUCUGGUCCGUUCUGAAUGAGGCUGCUCUAUAUUGGCGCGCUGUAGGGAACAGCACCCAAGCUCUGGCCUGUUUGCGUAGGGCAUUGAACCUCUCUCCACCCCAACAACAACACAUUCCAUUGGUCAAUCUGGCUAAUGUACUAAUGCACUACCGUUUUCACUUGGAUGCCAGCAAGCUGCUCCUUCAAGCGUUGGCCAUUGAUCAAUCAGAGCCACUAACCUUGCUGAGCCUGGGGAACACUUACCUCUCCCUCAAGAACCUCACGGGGGCGCUACAAGUCUUCCGAGCUGCGCUGGAUAUCAGAAAGGGCUGCCCAGAGUGUGAGGGCAGCUUACAGAUGAUUCGCUGCUUGCAGCUCUACCCGUUUCUGUAUAACGUCAGCUUGUCAGUCUGCAGUGGAAGUUGCCAAGCACGCCAUAAUAAAGAUGAUCGUGAUGCGCAUAAAUAUUUACACACUUACCCACAAUCCUUUGAAGAAACAAACGCCAAAAGUUCACACGUGGCUACUGAUGAGAAAACGGCGGAAUCGCGAGCCUCUAGCCUGCAGCUCGAGAACGUCCUCUUGGCUGACAAUAUCAGCACAGAGGAGAAAGAGACGGCAGGAGAAGCGCCCAUGUCAGAAGAAAUGCUGGCCUUGGUGGAUGAAUUUGAAAACUCGUGGCCCCUGGAAGCCUUCGAGGGGGCUCUGGAGCUCAAGGGCCGUCAGAUGGAUCUACAAAGCAUCCGAAUCCUGAAGAAGGGGACGGAAGAUGGUCAGUCUUGCUUUCGGGACUGUGACGACGACGAGGCCGAGUGGAUCACCUUUCAGGUGAAACGUCUGAAGAAACCAAAGAUGGAUGGGACAAUCUCUGCCGAUCUCGUGGACGUGGCAGAAGCUUCUGACGGAGACAGUGACUACCAAGCUGCGCUAGAAAUUAGUGGCCCAAAGAUACCAGCCCCUGGCCCACAAGGUAAGCGACCCGACUAUCAAAAACUGGGAUGGCCGAGCCCCGAUGAGUGUUUGAAGCUUCGCAGGGUGGAACUUUCUACUGUGGCCAGUACGUGGCUAGCAGUGUCUGCUAAAAAUAUAGAUAUCACAGAACACAUGGAUUUUGCCACGGCGCUUCAGGAGCCGGGGGUGGAGCCUCUGUGUAACGGCAACCUUGCCUCCAGCAUGCACACGUUAGACCACCUAUAUGGCGUAGCAAACCGUGCCGCUAUACACUACACCGGAGAAAGCCAACUCAAGGAGGUUUUACAGAAUUUAGGGAAGGAAAAAUAUCCUCCUCAGUCACUGGAGCAAGUAGGCACCAGAAUAAUGAAAGUACUAGAGAAGAACCAGACAUCAUGGGUUCUCUCCAGCAUGGCCGCUCUGUACUGGAGGGUUAAGGGCCAAGGCAAGAAAGCAAUAGACUGCUUACGGCAGGCCCUCCACUAUGCCCCAUAUCACAUGAAGGAUGUGCCCCUCAUCAGCCUGGCAAACAUCUUUCACAACGCCAAGCUGUGGAAUGAUGCCAUUAUUGUGGCGACCAUGGCGGUGGAGAUUGCUCCUCACUUCGUGGUCAAUCACUUCACACUGGCCAAUGUGUAUGUAGCAAUGGAGGAAUAUGAGAAGGCGAUGCAAUGGUACGAGUCCACUCUCAAGCUACAGCCGGAAUUUGCCCCCGCCAAGGACAGAAUUCGUGCCAUUCAGUGUCACUUAUUGAUGAAGAAGGGAAGGUUGGCUCCGUAAUGUCCCCUUUCCUUAUGCAUCAUUGGUUUUAAAAUCUCCCCCCCCCCCAAAAAAAAAACACUUAUUGAUCUGUCUAGGAAGGUGAGCUCAUAGAAUGGGGGUGUUGGCUCUGUACAAAGUCUCACCAGAUGAUCAAACAGGGAGAUGAAUCCAUUUCUUUUACCAGGGUGGGGGUGCAGGUGGGAUUUUUAAAUCAUUCGUCUUUUCAGUUCUUUUAAAGUUAUGGGCCAUUGCUUUGGGGAGUGUUGUUAUAAGCAGGGGGUAGAAUGGUGGUUUCUUAUUAAAUCUGCUUUGCACGGGGCAGCAGGGAGUGACCAAAUCAUUAGCAGAGACCUGGGAGGGGGUGCAAAUAUGGGACGGGGAUGGUUCAUAAUGUAUUUAAUAUAAUGGUUUAAUUUUAGGGAUGCACCGAAUCCAGGAUUCGGUGUGGGAUUCUGCUUUUUUCAGCAGGAUUCGGAUUCAGCUGAAUCCUUCUCCCUGGCCAAUCCGAAUCCUAAUUUACAUAUACAAAUUAGGGCGGGUGGGAAAUCACGUGGCCUUUUGUCUCAAAACAAGAAAGUAAAAAAAAAAAUCCCCUUACCACCCGUAACUUGCAUAUGCAAAUUAGGAUUCUGAUUGGCAUUUGGCUGAAUCUUUCGCGAAGGUUUUGGUGGUUCGGCCAAAUCCAAAAUAGUGGAUUCGGUGCAUCCCUAUUUAAUUUAUUUAAACAUGCCUCAAAGUCAUAGAGAAGCCGCUGUGAUAUUGUGUUCCAUUCCCUACAGAUGAAAGGGGUCCUUUAAUAGCCCAUCUAGCUCUGCCCCAAAUGGGACUAAAGGUGGCCAAACAUGGCAGAUAAAAGCUGCUAACUGUCUCAGAAGGGACCUCUUAGGGGUGUUGGAUGAGGACUUGGCGUUGAUCAAGUCCUCUUCUAAAUGGACUUCAAAGGGAAAAGAUUGGCUCAUUUGGUUAGAAACUCAGUUGGAGGCAACAUCAUUGCGUUGAUGCAGACCUCUCUCGAUGGGUCAUCCAAGUCCAAAUCAGGUAAAUAUCUGCUCCUUUGGUGACCUUGAUUUGGCCGCUAAGAAAAUCCCAUUGGAAAAGGAGCACAUCGUCCUCUCAAAGUGGAUCUACCUAGAACUCCACUAAUGAUCUGACCAUUGGCACAAAAGCCAAACACUAGGAUCAUCCUGGUUUGGUCCAGAGCAUUCAAGGCCAACUCGGGGAAAAAUCCGCCCAAUUGGUGACUUCAACCAGCAAUCUAAUCUUACUAUUUACUAGCCCUGUCCUUGAUGUUGGAGGCUUUGGUUUUAUAGAUGGACCAUCCAUGAACUUCCCUUUAUCAACUGUAGAUGUCAUGGCUCUCAUGGUUAUUGGGCACCAGUGGGACGAAAGGCUUGUGAUUUAGAAUUCUCUUUGAAGACUUGGGAAGUGUCUACUGUUGGGUUUUGAUGACAAAUGAUGUAUUUAAAUGCUCACACCUUCUACCCACUUAUCUUAAGGUAUCCCCAAUGUAUUUAGGGGAUGAGGAGAGACACUACGGGGCAUAUUUAUCUAAGGGCGAGCCUUCGGUGCAGAUGGGUGCAACCCUGAGCAAAUCUGUAGCAGCAGCCUGUUAAUAUGUUUGAUUUCACCCUUAUGUUGCUAUUGGUUACUGCCCAUCUCCACAUUUGCCCCUUGUAGAUAAAUGUACCCCCCUGUGCAACAUGCCCAACACAUUUCAGAUGGUUUAUUUCCCCCCCUAAGACUUUGGUAUUAUCUGAUUUACGCCUUAUGGGUGAUUUUUUUUUUUUUACCCCCAUUUCCUUUUUUUCUUAAUUUUGUCCUUGUUAAAAAAAAUAUUUUGGACUGAGAUAAUUAAGACAUUAUGGGCGAAUUUUGCUUUUUUUUAAAAAAAACUUUUUUAAUUAUUUUGGAAUAAAGUAAUUUAGACACCGGUAAUUUUUUUUUUUUACUAUUCUGGCAUAAGCGGAUAUAGACACUAUGGGUGCUUUUUUCUUUUCUUUUUUUUAAUAUUUUUCCCUUUUUUUUUUUUUUUUGUUAAACUAUUCUGGCAUAAGCUGAUAUAGACACUAUAUUUUUUGAACAAAGCUAAUUUAAACACUAAAAAUGUCUGGAUUAGUAUUGGGGUAUUUGUUACCCCCCCCCCAAAAAACACCAGCACUUAGUAGCUUUACCCUCAUAAUUUUUUGUUUUUCAACAAACGGUGCAGCCUCCUGUCCUCUCUUCUCACCUUCCUCCCUCCUUUUCUUUGGGUUAAUCUAUUGCUUCUAUUUAGUCCUUUCGGCUCUUGAUGGAUCUGCAGAGUCAGCCUCUUGCUGUGAGCCCCCUCGUUGGUACUUGCAUUUAACGAGUAAAUGAGUUAAUUCCAUCAUUUUCUAGAUUAUGUUAAAAUCGUUUUCAAGUAAGUGGAACGGUUUUUUUUUCUCUGAUUUAGCUGCCCAUUCUUUCACUUCGGCCCAUUUCUCUAGCGCAGGAACGAGUCAGGUCCUCAAGCUGGGAUAUAUUGGGCGGGUCAAACAGCCCGGGAAAUAACAUCUGGAUUGUGAAAUUUGUACAGGGCACACAACCAAUAAAAUUGUUCUUAUAAA